AUUUAGUGAUUUUUGUAGAUGCACGAGUGGUGAAUGCACUUUGUUUGCUUUGUUAUUUUGAGUGAGGUUGAUGUUGAUAGUAACAGUUCUUGUAUUUAGAAACAAAUUAAGUUGUGGGAUCAAAGGCAGUCGUGCAAGUGCAAAAUUCACGAAAUGAUCAAAACAUAGUAAACAAGGGAUGCCACAAAGGCGCAAACAAACACGAUGGACAACAAGAAAAGGCAGCUGCUUCAGCGCUACCAGCUCGACAUCGUAAAGGAUCUGGAUGUCGAGUUCAUCGUCGACGCUCUCUUCGCCAAGCAAGUGAUCACGGGCCAUGAGUUCGACGAGAUAAUCAACCGGAAAAGUCGGAAAGACCGCGCGAGGUAUAUAGUUGACUACUUACUGGCGUAUGGCACCAACAGUACGUUCGAGGCGUUUGUCGACUGCCUGGCUAAGGACUACGAUUGGCUCUGGAAGAAACUGGUGGUGGAAAACAACGAGCCAAUGCUAAACGAAAGCUUUGAGGACAGCCUGAGCCGUGGCGAUGUCCCGAGGCUGCCUAUGCACUACGUCAGGAGGACGUCUUUGGAAAAAGAAAUAGAAACAAGAUUGAUUGUCCUUGCCCGGCACAAGAUCCUGGCCCUGCACGGCAUGUCUGGCUCUAGGAAGACUUCAGCGGUGAUCAGCGUCCUCCGCGAUAACUCCGAACUUAUCACCAACAACUUCAACGGAGUUAUAUUCUGGCUCAAUCUGGCAAAAUGUAAGACGAAAUAUGACGUCAUAGCACAGCAAAAUAAAUUAUACCGAAGGGCAUCGUCGAUAUACACUCGCACCUCACACAUGAACUCCACAAUGUCAAUGUCAAGUUUAGGGUCAAACAUGGACUCGCACUCCCUGUCCAGUUACGAGUGGACCUGGUUAGAACUGAGGGACAGGUUGAAGUCGCAGUUCUCGGAACAGGUUCUCAAGGAAGCCCUGUUGGUGCUAGAUGAGGUCAAUGAGAAACUUUGCGUCGAAGCGUUCGAUAUCGGAUGCAAGAUAUUAGUAACGACCCGAGACUCCGAGGUCGUUUCCAGUUUUCAGCCGCUGAUUAUCAAGGUAGAAAACAGUCUCAAAGAAGAAGAAACCUUAAAGCUGCUGGCUUCGUAUGUGGAUCUAGACGUCUCACAGUUGCCCAGACAAGCCAAGAAGUUCCAUGAUGCGUGCAAAGGCAGCCCUUUUAACAUCGGUCUAAUCGGGGCCCAACUAGCCGAAGACAAAGAGAGACUGAUCCAUGAUCAUAAACGGUGGAACUAUUAUUUGAAACAGCUCGAAAAAAAGGACUUCCUAUACUUGUUGAGGCAUAACGACAACCAAAUGAAAACAAUAGAGGUCUGCAUAAACUCAUUGCAACCAAACAUUCUACCACUUUUCAAAAUGCUAGCCAUCUUGCCAGAUAACGUUAAAGUAUCCGUUAGAGUUCUAUCCAAACUCUGGAAUAAGGAGACGAGCGAUGUCGAAAUGAUCAUGAGGAAACUCCGUGUCAAAUCUCUCAUUAUAGAAAUUUACGAUCACGAUCAGAGGAACUACAUGUAUGAAGUUCACGACCUUAUUAUGACGUACUUAAAAGGCACAUUAUUGAGUGAUGAAGACAAAAAGAAAUUGCAUAGCGAUUUUCUGAAAAGCUACCAGUAUGAUGUGAAUAAGCAGCUGCCUGUUGAAAUAACGGACGAUGGUUACAUAGCGUUUUACAUCGGCUACCACAUAUUGAACACGAAGAAUCUCAACAACAGAUGGUCGUUGUUCAACAAGUUGUAUUUGGAUCUGAAGUUUCUUGGCAACAAAGUGAGGCUCACGGGACCUGCGGACGUGAUAUUGGACUUACAAAAGUAUGAAACGCAAAUAGUAAACGAUACCCUUGAUAGGGACCUUCUUUGCAGCAUCAGAGCGUACAUCAGUACCCAUGGCAUAGACUUGUACCGGUACCCUAGUACCGACAUAGUUCAAAGUAUACUGCAGCACGAGUCGACUGGCAUUCUUUACACAAAGGCCUGGGAUUUGGCUCGGCAAAGCGUCGCGAAGAAGGAACUGUACUUCGAAUUCUUGCAUGAACAAGAUGUCGAAGAAAUAAAACACUCUACCAUUGACGUGAAAGAGAAUAUCUCAGCCGUGUGCUUUCUCGGCGACUACGUGCUUGUUGGUACUUUUACUGGGCUUGUAAAGUUCUUCCAUAUACCCACUAACAAACUAAAGAAAGAGCUGAACGGAUCAGAGUAUGGUAUCAAAUGGAUUGGUGCAUGCCCCAUGAAUCCGCCGCAAGUGGCGGCGCUGUCUUUUGACGGCGUCAUCAAGAUGUGGUUCAUUGAUGACGUCGAGAGGGAGGAGACUGAUGACGUCAUUGAUGAAGAAAACGAAGAACUAUACAACAACAACUGUCCAAGCAACUGCACGAUACAGCCCAAGCUGGGUUUAUUCCUGAACUGCCGCUGGGCCAACCAUCACGAGGUGUUAAUCGCGCACACAGCCAAGAUGAUUGUGCUUUACAACGUCGAUGGGACGGUGCUAAAGGUGUUCGACAAUUUUGACAGGGACCAAGAGAUACUAUGUUGCGCUCCAUGCAACUACGACAACUACUUGAUCGCGGCUGUGGUCAGCAACGGCGCCAACUAUCUGUUCGUCAUCGACCAGACGAGCAAAGACAAGAUCAUGACCAUAAAGGAAACUGGGCCGGUGCUCAACAUCUUAGUUGUUCCAAGUCACCACAAAACAAUAAAAAUCAUCACCCUAAAAGCGAAAGAAAUAACGCAACACCUGUAUCAAAUAAACUACCAAAGCAAUACGUGUAUGUGCAACAAGAUCAUUGAAGCCAAAGACGUGAAGGACAAUCUUUUAUUCUUGACCAUAGUCGUUAACAAGAUUGGCACUUUGCUGUUCGCUUCGACUGACGAUAGCCGGGUCAUCUGUAUAGACUUGAAGACCAAUUCACGCAUAUUUGACUUGGAAAAUCGGAGGGGGUAA